AUGUUCCGGCUGCUGACCUCCUGCUGGUCUCGGCUAAAGACAACUGAAGAGACACGAAGGAAUGUGACCAUCAUUAUCAUUGGAUUGGACAACUCGGGCAAAACUGUUCUUGUGGAGGCUUUCCAAAGAUUACUUCCCAGUAGGAUGGACAAUUGUAUGAAAUCUGAACUGACUACGCUCUUGCUGGAUGAGUAUGAAAUUUCCAUCUAUGACCUGAAUGGAGACAUGAAGGGCCGAGAAAUCUGGCCGAACUACUACGCACAGGCACACGGACUUGUUUUUGUCCUGGAUUCCAGUGACUUCGGACGUAUGCAGGAAGUGAAGAUCAUCUUGACACAUCUGCUGUCUGAUAAAAGAGUGGCAGGGAAACCUAUCCUAUUCCUGGCAAACAAACAAGACAAGAAGGAUGCCCUCCAACCUUGUGAUAUUAUUGAAUAUCUACUCCUAGAAAGGCUAGUGAAUGAGAACAAGUCCCUGUGCCGAGUGGAACCCUGUUCAGCUAUCAAAAACCCCCAAAGAAGGAACCAUCAGCCCAUAAUUGAAGGGCUGCGCUGGCUAUUAGCUGCCAUUGGGGAUAAAUAUGAAGAGCUGUGUACUCGCCAACAGCCUCUCGCCUCGAGUAUCCCAACCUCCAAGGGCACCAGAGGCUCUGGGGAAAGAUGCUCAUCAGACAGCUUUGCUACCAGGAUGGGAAUGUCCAAAGAAAAAAGACAGCAUCUAGGACAAUGCUCAGUGGAAGCUAGACCCCUAAAGCCAAUCCUACAGAAAGAAGGUUUAAGAUUAAGGCCCAAAAAGAAUAUAUCAGUAACAUUUGCUUUAGAUGAACCCAUGGAGGAGGGUGAAUGUUCUGGCGGAAAUAGAACUCGGAACACUACUGAGCUUUGCUACAAUCAAAGUGAUGACUUGCAGCCCCCAGCUCCAUUUGUCAGUGAUGAUCUUUUUGAAGGUAAUGCUGGGCCAGUGGUCAGCCAGAAAAGAAAAGAUAUAUAG